CAGAGUGGAGAAGCCCAGCCAGUCACCAUCAGGAACCCCGCCAAGGUGCUGCAGCUAUGUGUGAAGAGGAGGACAGCACAGCUCUGGUGUGUGACAAUGGCUCUGGGCUCUGCAAGGCUGGCUUCGCAGGUGACGACGCUCCCAGGGCUGUUUUCCCAUCCAUCGUGGGACGUCCCAGGCACCAGGGAGUGAUGGUGGGAAUGGGACAAAAGGACAGCUACGUGGGUGAUGAAGCACAGAGCAAAAGAGGGAUCCUGACCUUGAAGUAUCCAAUCGAACACGGAAUCAUCACCAACUGGGAUGACAUGGAAAAGAUCUGGCACCACUCCUUCUAUAAUGAGCUUCGUGUGGCCCCUGAAGAGCACCCGACCCUGCUAACUGAAGCACCACUGAACCCCAAGGCCAACCGGGAGAAAAUGACCCAGAUUAUGUUUGAGACCUUCAAUGUCCCUGCCAUGUACGUGGCUAUUCAGGCCGUGCUGUCCCUUUAUGCCUCUGGUCGUACAACUGGCAUCGUGCUGGACUCUGGAGAUGGUGUCACUCACAAUGUGCCUAUCUAUGAGGGCUACGCCCUGCCCCAUGCCAUCAUGCGUCUGGAUCUGGCUGGCAGAGAUCUCACUGACUACCUCAUGAAGAUCCUGACUGAGCGUGGCUACUCCUUCGUGACUACUGCUGAGCGUGAGAUUGUCCGUGACAUCAAGGAGAAGCUGUGCUACGUAGCUCUGGACUUUGAAAAUGAGAUGGCCACUGCUGCUUCCUCCUCUUCCCUGGAGAAGAGCUACGAACUGCCUGAUGGUCAGGUGAUCACCAUCGGGAAUGAACGCUUCCGCUGCCCGGAGACCCUCUUCCAGCCAUCUUUCAUUGGGAUGGAGUCGGCUGGCAUCCAUGAGACCACCUAUAACAGCAUCAUGAAGUGCGAUAUUGACAUCAGGAAGGACCUCUACGCCAACAACGUCCUCUCGGGGGGCACCACCAUGUACCCAGGCAUCGCCGACCGGAUGCAGAAGGAGAUCACAGCCCUGGCCCCGAGCACCAUGAAGAUUAAGAUCAUUGCCCCUCCGGAACGCAAGUACUCUGUCUGGAUCGGCGGCUCCAUUCUGGCCUCUCUCUCCACCUUCCAGCAGAUGUGGAUCAGCAAACAGGAAUACGAUGAAGCUGGUCCCUCCAUCGUCCACCGCAAAUGCUUCUAGGUCACCCCCUCCCUGCUCCGUGCGCAGCACACGACUGUGAAUGUUUGGUGGCUCAGCGCCCUCAGUUCCUUUCCAAAUCAUCCCUGCCCAAAGCUUUGACUUGUUACUCGUGGGGUUUUUUUUUUGUUUUGUUUUGUUUUUUUCUCCUUUGUUUGUUUUUUAAAAAUAAAUCAGACAUGUGCUACCCUAA